GCCCCGGACGGGACGCGAGGCGGAGCUGCGGGAAGCGGCAGCCGCGGCAGCUCGUGGCUGCCUGGGCGCUGGGCUGGUAGCAACGGGUGCCCCAGGGUUGCCGCGGUUCUCCGCCCCACCAUCAUUGGCCUUCUGCGUCUCGCCGCCCGGCGUGACCCACGCCUCUCCUUCCGCCUCCGCGCAGCCCUGGCGGUGCAAGGCAUGAAGCUGAGCAAAGCCCAGUACGAUGAGAUAGCCCAGUUCCUGGGCCACGUGCAGCCCACCCGGCAGAGUCUGAGGAAGCUGAAGGAGAAGUUUCCUAGUCAAUCGCAGUCCACUCUGCUGAGCAUCUUCUCCCAGGAGUACCAGAAACAAAUCAAAAGAACACAUGCCAAGCAUCACACUGCUGAAGCUAUCGAAACUUACUACCAAAGGUACCUGAAUGGGGUGAUGAAAAAUGCAGCUGCCCCAGUAUUACUGGACCUGGCCAAUGAGGUGGACUUUGCCCCAUCAUUGAUGGCUCGUAUUGUGUUGGAAAGAUUUCUACAAGAGAAAGAACAAGCCAUCCCAGUGACCUGGCUGGCCUUCGGCAAUGAGAUUCAAUGCACAUGGCUCCGCAGUCAAAUCAUCAAAUUUCCCUCCUCCAAAACUCUUAUAAAUAGCAUGCUACGGGACCCUUCUCAGAUUCCAGAUGGAGUGCUGGCAAAUCAAGUCUAUCAGUGUACUGUGAAUGACUGUUGUUAUGGACCACUGGUGGACUGCAUCAAACACGCUAUUGGGCAUGAACACGAAGUCUUGCUGCGAGAAAUGCUUUUGGAAAAAAAUCUCUCUUUCAUAGCUGAAGAUCAGCUUCGUGCAAAGGGUUAUGACAAAACACCAGACUUUAUUUUAGAAGUGCCAGUAGCUGUGGAAGGACACAUAAUUCACUGGAUUGAAAGCAAAGCCUCAUUUGGUGAUGAAAGUAGCCACCAAGCCCACUUGCAGGACCAGUUUUGGAGCUACUGGAACAGAUUUGGCCCUGGAUUAGUCAUCUACUGGUACGGAUUUAUUGAAGAGCUGGACUGCCAUCGUGAACGUGGUAUCCUGCUAAAAGACUGCUUCCCUACUGACAUUGUGACUCUGCGACACAGCAUGGCUCAGCGCUGAUGUUGGGAGGAAGAGGUACUGUAGCAAAUUUCUGGCACACUGAAGUCCAAAAGAACAACAUGCAGGAGCUUUCUAUGUGAGUUAUUUCUGAAGGAGUUUACCAUCCUGGUGUUCAAGAAGGGGAAUUAAAGAAAAAGAUACAGCAGUGCUUCAUACUGGAUCAGUUCCACAAGAACAAAUAAAGCACACAAAUGGACAGAAGUUUCCUGCGUACUUGUUUUCUUGCAAGACCCUUGUUUUUCUCUUGUUAGAACCACCAAGAUUAGAAGUUCUUUGAGGUGGGUGUUAGCCCUUUGUGAAGUUUUGAAUUCAGUGUCUUCUUUUGGAAUCCACAUCGCCACUCAGAGGAGCAAGAUUGGGUCUCAGGUUUGUGCUCUCAGACGUUUCUUAAUGACAGUGGCUUAUUGGGCUUGACACACUUCAGUACUCUUCUCUGUGCUAACUUCUACUCAGGAGAGGACAAAAUAUUUUCAAAUGUCAGUGACAGAUUUGCAUGUAUGCUCAUCAUGUUCAGGUUUUCUGAGAAGAGCUAUGGAUUCAGCUGUAGAAAUAAAGGUCUGAUAACAGUCUCCUAAAGCACAAGUUGAUGAUCUUUUCCAGAAAGAAUGGGUGCAUACAUUACAGUGCAUAUUCAUCACCUUUUUUUAGUUGAAGUGAUAUGUUGUGUGCCUGUAUGUUUUCAAAAAUCAUGUGCAGACUUUUUAGUCUUGCCGUGAGUGGAAAGGAUAUUAAUCCUAUACAGUUUUUCAGUUGUAGUUUUCAGAUACAUGCACAAUAUUUUUAUUUUUAAUUUUUAGUUUUCACCAUAACACUUUCUGGUAAGUUUUAGACAGGAGUUUAUAAUUUUGACAAAUCUUUCAUUUUCAAGAAAAAAUGUUUUUAAUCUUCUAGUACUCUGUCCCUUGCUGCAGAGAUAAACUAGAAUAGCUCCACAGAGUUAUUGUUGUAUAGAGAUAUUUUCCUGGGUUUGAAUGUGUUAUAGUGAAGAGAUUUGUUUUUAAAAAAUACUCAAGCACCUGUAAUUCAUUUGCAUUCAACUACUUAAGGUAUUGUGCUGAGCUUAUUUUACCUGACCAGCUGUAAGGUAUCUGCCCAUACAGACACACAGAAGCAAUCUGUGAAUGUACCUGCAUGAUGCUACACACCAAAGCUACAUUUAGGGUGUUACUCCCCCUGGGACUUUUAACUAUGGUUUAGGUUAGUGGAAUGUGUAAAAUCAACAAGAGAAUAAAAAAGAAGGAAUAACUGAACAUUAUCAUAGUAGAAAAUUCAGAAGUAAUGGUUGUCUGAGUGAAAUGGGUUUUAAUGGCAAAUGGUAUUUGUUUUAGCUACUGCAUAUGCUUUCUGUUGUAUGAAAUCAUUUAAAUCAGUUUUUACAUGAUACACUAAUGCUGCUUUUUCUUUUUGAAUAAAUUAAAUUUAUCUGCACAGAUGUUGAAAAUUCUGCUAACCUUCAUCAAACCUUUGCUUUAUUUGUUUUAACAUUAAACAAAUUUAUGUGGAGACACACAGAUAAAUCAGUUUAGGCUUCUAUUUGUGUAUUUAUUCCUCUACCUAAUGCUGUGACAUAACAGGUUGAAAAGCAGUACAGCUGUCUUUAAUCAGAGCUUUGUACUCAUCUUCAUAUAUUGCCCACUUAAAGGAUCUGUAUUAGAAUGAAGAUGAAAUUAACCACAAAAUCUGUUUACUGUACCAAUUUCAUUGCAUGCUAUCAAAAAAGCUUUGCCACUACAAAAACUAUGCUGUGUCACUAUUUUAAAUGCUGAAAGCAAAGCAUAAAAAAAUAGAACUGUUUUGUUAUUAUUACUUGUAUACUGUAAAAAAAAAUCCUUUAUUUGGCUAUUUUCUCUGUUUAUCAGAUGUAAACAUCAACUUUAAUAUUAAAGAGAAAGGCACUGCU